AUGACUACGCGGAUCAGUAGAUCCUAUUUACAUUCUUGCUUAAAAGUUCCAAUUGAUCCGUGUAAUAAUUGUCCAGCGCCAAUUUAUAAUCGUCCAAAGAUGUACCUAGGCCGACUGACAACAACGCCAUUAAGCGGCACUUCGAAAACGGCGAAGACUCCCGAAUUUGAACCCAUAGACUCUGUAUUGGUUAACAAUGGCAUACGUUCCUUGGCGAAACUUUAUGAUAGUAUUCCAGAUUACAAUGACAUCAACCACUUACCGAACGAAGAAUUUUACUCCACGUUGGACACCUUGCGAUCCACUUGCUGUGAGUUGCGAACCAAAUCUGCACAAUCGUGUAUAGUGGAGGAGAGUACAUCCAUAUCUUCUCAAUCUUCUCAUUGCGCCAAUAGAAAGCGGCUGAGAGCAAGCAAAUUGGGGAAGUAUAGUCCUACAACUGGUAGUGCAUGUGGCAAAAGAAAAGCAGGAAAGUGUAAAGUACAAGAAGAAUUUACAAGAUCUCAAUGCAGGUUGGGAACUCCUUUUCGUACUACUACCAAAAUAGAUUUUGCAAAGAAAAGCGUUGUAAAAAGCCAUAAAGAUGAGUUUGAUGACGAAAUAAAGGCAUUCCAAAAAACGUUGGAAGAUUUCGAAGCAGAACUCAAAAGUCGCCAUAAAAGUGCUAAUUUGACCGACAGCAAGUUGAAGAAUACUAAAACUGAACCUAUUGCAAAUAUAGGGAACUCUACCGAAUACACGGAGAAGGCCCCUGUAACACCGGAAAUUGCUAAUUUUCGUAAUAUUUUUAAGCAAGCCAGUGAAAACACACGUUCUUGCUCCAAAGCGAGUAGUACGAGUUUACGAAAUUUUUUGAAAAAGUCUUACUCCUUCGAUGACAUCAAUAGAAUCGCAGACUCCAAGCAAACUGAAAAUACAGAAGACAAAACCCUUUUAGAUAAACGAUCAGACACGCAAAUUCUUAUAAAUCGAACCCCUUUAAAAUUUAGUAGUUAUUUUUCGCAAAAGACAAGCAUAAUAUCACCAAAAAAUAUUCCACCGAAAAUUGUUGUCGAGUCACCAAGUGAGCAAAAUAGUUCUAACAAAACUUCAGGUCGCUCAAGUAGUGGACGAAAAAAGAAAUUGAAGGAUAAGAAGCAACAAAAAGAUUUUCAAGUGCCAUUUUCAAUAUUCAAUUUGGACACAAAAAAAGAAAUUAGAAAGCACGUCACACCGUCACCAAUACAUCCGGUAGCGCGACCGAAUCUUGCAGCUACAUUAAGAGUUGAGGUUUCAAAAAAGAAACUGAAAGAGCUGAAAAACAAUUGUACUUAUUAUGACGACACGCCACAAUUCGAUUGGGAAGUGAGAAAAACACCGGCAUGGAAGUCACUAUCUCUCAAUGAAAGUCAUAAGGAGAUCCUCUCUAUGCGUUUGGCCACCCGCAAAGCCGAACAGGCAAUGCAACAACGUGAAUAUGAACUUAACAUGGAAUUGAUGCGUCAAAGGGUCAAGUCCGCACCAUUACUUUUGGAAGGCGCAACAUUUUGGGGUCCUCAUAUUGGGAAACUAACCCAUACAUGUCAACGCGAUGGUGAAAGACACUGCUGUCAAUCUAAACAACGUAAAACGCGUAGUAAAAGUGCCGACAGUCGAAGAUUAUGCACUCACAAUGGUAUGGGUGGUCAAUCCAGUCAAAGAAGUAGUAAAUUAAAUUUCCUGCAUAAGACAUAUGGUGGCAGUUCAAAAGUACGCAGGCAAAGCUCUUCUCAAACGCCUGUGAAAAACAAUACUACACAGUCUGAUGAAAAGCAACGUGAUGAGCAGCCGCCAAUAAUGAAUGACAGUGGUGAUGAGCUAUCUAGUCUGGAUAGAGCAUUUUUGUAA